GCUUUCCACCCUGGAUGUCAUCAAUGCCCUGGAACAACACCCUAUUGCAUUCAGACCCUAUAUGUGCUACAGUGUUGACAGACUAACAUCUGUAUCUCUGGAGGAUGUCUUCAAGCCACAGCUCAGUGAACCUGGAAGCACCAGACGACAAAAAGAAACAAGAAUACUGGGAUACUGGAGAGACUAUCUGCUUGACACUGGAGAACAAGAAACAGGAGUCUCCCUCCAGAACAUUUUGAUGUUUGCCACGGGAUUAGAUUCACUGCCUCCUUCAACAAUUGUGCCACAGCCCAGACUCAUUUUUGAAAGGUCUUCUAAAUUUUCCAUUGCAAGCACCUGUGCCAACACAAUCAAAUUGCCAGUGUCAAAAAGCUAUGAUGAGUUCAAAAAUGCAAUGGAUUUUGGAAUUCAAAACUCACCUGGUUUUGGAUUGCGCUGAUUAGUAUUAAAGUACGGAAAGCCAGUUUUUGCCACUGAACGAAUUUUUUUUUUUAAAGGUUAUUGCAAA